UCACUCUUAUGAACCGCGAUGAUCUUCUGCUGUUCUCUUUCAGCUUUGGACUCCUUGUAUAUAAAUUGUGGAGGAAAUGAAUUAAAAAUUGGAAGUACCAGGUAUGAAAGUGAUACAGAUCGAGGCGGGCCAGCAAAUUUCUACAGAGGAAGUAACUGGGCGUUUAGUAGCACCGGGAAUUUCAUGGAUGAUGACCCGCCUGUCAAUAUUUUUUUCGUUGAAAAUACAUCUAAGCUCUUGGAUAAUAGUUCUGAGUUGAGCAUGAAUGCACGAAUCACUCCCAUAUCACUAACAUAUUAUGGAUUCUGUCUCAUGAAUGGGAUUUACAGUGUAAAGCUUCACUUUGCUGAAAUUACAUUUACCAAUGACAAAACCUAUAGAAGCCUUGGAAGGCGAAUAUUUGAUGUUUACAUUCAAGGGAAGCUUGUGCUGAAGGAGUUUAACAUUGAGAAAGAAGCCGGUGGGGUUGGCAUUGAAAUUGUGACAGAUUUUGAUGUUGUUGUGACCAGCGGGACGUUAGAAAUUAGAUUAUAUUGGUCUGGUAAAGGAACUGUGGGGAUUCCUACUAGAGGAGUAUACGGUCCUCUCAUUUCAGCUAUUUCUGUGCAACUCCACGGGGGUAGAUAUUUCUUUCUAAUAGAUGUGAUUUGA